AUGCGACGAUGGACCCUCUCUGUUUAUAGUGGAUAUGGCGCUUUGUUACUCUGGCGUCACUUCACAGGACGUGUUGUGGUUCCCCCUGAACAUCUUCACAGCAAAGAUGAGCCGAGUUUUAUUUCUCCCUCUCUGCGUAGCGCAUGGUAUAAUGAUAGAGAAACAACAACAACAACAAACAAAACAACUGCAACUCCUUCUUCUGCUACUGCUACUACUACUGUGGUUGAACUCCCACCGUGGCCAGUGGAUGACAUUGAAUUUAACACACGAGCUCCUAAUGGUGGACACGAUAUACGCCGAGCCCAGGAAAAGGAAUCGGCAUUUUACUCCACUCCUGAAGAGUGUAAUGUAAGUAAUCCUGGUAGUAGUACGAGUUUGCUGGAGAGUGGAUUACUCCUACAGCCGCGUCCCUUAACGGCGGAUCAACUCUCUUCAUUACGGCAAGUGGAGUUAACAGAAGAGGGAUCGGCGGCGGUGUCGAGUGGUGGUUGGGUGUGUGGUGUCUGUCUGCAGUGUAUGCCGCACCGCUCUCGUUCUGUGUGUGAUCACUGCUAUACCGUUCGCCAUGAUGCCGCUGCGGCUGUAUCCCGCUGGCGUGAGAAUCCCCUCACGUGGUUCUGCAGUAAAUGUUGUGAGUUUAACUUUGAUCGGGAUGUGGUUUGUCGUUGUUGUGGGGUGCAGCGGAGUGUGGAGGUGGAACUGCGGGUGGUCCAUCAUGAACGCGUGCCGGCGGAGAUUCAACGAGCGGCUGUUGGUUCUGUAAUCGUCACUCGCAAUCGAGUUUCACGUUGGCGUUGUGGUGGAUGUGCGGAGUCUAAUGCUUUGCAGUCAUCUCAAUGUAAAAGUUGUCAUCGAGAGAGAUUUGAUUUCAGUGUUAUUUGUCCCUCAUGUAAGUCCUCUCAACAACUCUCGAAUGCACAAAUGUAUGGUUCAGAACCCACUGAUCGUGUACACACCACUCGUAUCUUUGGAUUACAUAAUUGUUUUCCACGACUGGCACCGGAACUGCGGUGUGGGGCCUGUCGGGCUUCUCUGCACGGGGCGACGGCCUCCACUCGCAGUGACGCGUGGCUCUGCGCCUGCGGGCAAGUCAGUAAUGCCGCUGUGGUCUCCUGCACACGAUGUCGACUCCCACGGCGGGUGGCGCAAAAUAAAACGUUGGAGGAACUACUGCGUGUGUGGGACUUUGCACACACAACGAAUUGGUACUGUGAGGGUUGUGAACAUGUGAAUAAGGCCUCACGGCAUGUAGUGGCUUUGGAACGUCAAGGUGGAACCUUAACAACAACAACAACAUCCACACAUGGAAAUGGAAAUGAAAAUAACUCGAAAAAGAAAGAAACGGCUUUAAAGGUGGCUCGUAUUGUGCAUGGACAAAGUUCAUGUGAGUCCUGUGGUCUUCAGUGGCAUCAUCAGUCUGUGAAUAAUGGACAACAUUGGCGGUGUGCCUGCCAUAAGGUGAAUCGCUGCAGUGAUGUACGCUGUCAGGUGUGUCAACUGCCCGCCGUUGAUGGGAUUCGCUCCGAUGUGCUUUCCUUCUGGUCACGUGGGGAUUGGUAUUGUCUGAAGUGCCAUCGGCAGAACUAUAGAGAGAAGGUGGUCUGUACAUGUGGGGAAACCCGGCCAAAGGAAUGA